GGGGCUGCAGUUAAAUAGAGGGGCAUCAGUUCGUUGGCCUCAUCUCUGAUCUGCCUCUGCUGUUGUCACAUCUUUCUCUCUCCUGCUUCUGACACAGUGAGAUCUCAUCAGCAGGAUGCCCGAGCACAUGCCAGAGAGGAAGCCAAAGAUCUCAGCUUCAAGGAAGCUGAUGUUGAAGAGUCUGAUGGUAGCGAAAGCCAAGGAAGAAUUGGAGCAGGAGGUUGUGGUUAAAGAGGAGGAGAAACACAACUACCUGUCAGAGAGAGCUCCUGCACUAAACAUCAGCAGCCUGAGCCUUGCACAGCUACAGGACCUCUGCAGAGAGCUCCACUCUAAGAUCGACGUGGUAGACGAGGAGCGCUACGACAUUGAAGCUAAAGUCAUGCUCAACACACGUGAGAUUAAAGACCUGAACAUUAAAGUGUUGGACCUAAGGGGGAAAUUCAAGAGACCCAGUCUCCGUCGCGUCCGCGUGUCUGCCGACGCCAUCCUCCGCUCGCUGCUGGGCUCCAAGCACAAAGUCUCAAUGGACCUCAGGGCCAACCUCAAGUCUGUCAAGAAAGAGGACACUGAGAAGAAGCGGCCGGUCGAAGACAGCGACUGGAGGAAGAAUGUGGAGGCCAUGUCAGGGAUGGAGGGAAGGAAGAAGAUGUUCGACGCUGCCAAGGGUCCCACCCAGUGAGAGCCCAGGAGGCGGCGGGCCGGCGGCGUGUGAGCGGCGUCACGUGUCCUGCGGCUUCUGCGGCUUUUACCGUUUCGGGUUUAAUAUCGUCAUUCUUGUUUUAUGCUCGGGCCGCGUCCUCACGCUCCCUGGUGGUCUUCUCCACUUUCCCCAGGAAGUGGUCUGUUUGCAGUUGAUAUGAGUUUUUCUGUGUGGCAUUUUCUAGUAUUUGUAUCAUUCUCAUAAGUGGGAUUUAGGCUUAUUUCUGUACGGCAAUGUUAUAAAACAAAGGCAGCUUGUAUUGUCAGAAGGAAAUUGUAGACAGUGUUGUGACUGGCAAAAGGAUAUUAUAUUAAAUAAUAAUAUGAAUAUGAAUAAAUCCCAGCCAAUCUUGAUGGGUUAUAAACUCACAAGGUUUUGUGAACUGUAACAAAAAGGUGUGCAGUUCAUCAGCCGAACAACAACAAUUAAACAAACCAAAUGUAUUAUUCUUUAUUACUUUGUUGCUUUUCUCUAUAUGAAUGUGUGUGAAAUGAAGAAUUGUGUUCUUUAAAUAAAUCCAAAAAUGAGAACGAUGGUAA